AUGGCGACGCCGAUGGUGGAAGACGACUUCGAGGAAGAUCAGUUCUCGUCGAUGAGCACCGACGACAUCCUUCGGGCCUCUCGUCUUCUCGACAACGAAGUCCGAGUUUUCAAGGAUGAGCUGCAGAGGACGAACCUCGAGGUAGAUUCAUUCAAGGAGAAGAUUAAAGAGAAUCAAGAAAAAAUCAAGCUGAAUAAGCAGCUCCCUUACUUGGUCGGCAAUAUCGUCGAGAUUCUGGAAAUGAAUCCAGAGGAAGAUGCAGAAGAAGAUGGUGCAAAUAUUGAUCUUGAUUCACAGAGGAAGGGCAAAUGUGUUGUGCUGAAAACGUCCACACGUCAGACAAUUUUCUUGCCCGUAGUGGGUCUGGUUGAUCCUGACAUAUUGAAGCCUGGUGAUUUGGUUGGAGUAAACAAGGACAGUUAUCUCAUCUUGGAUACUUUGCCAUCUGAGUAUGAUUCUCGUGUCAAAGCAAUGGAGGUUGAUGAGAAACCUACUGAAGACUACAAUGAUAUUGGAGGACUGGAGAAACAGAUUCAAGAAUUGGUUGAAGCUAUUGUGUUGCCUAUGACGCACAAAGAUAGAUUUCAGAAACUCGGAGUUCGUCCACCUAAGGGAGUACUUUUAUAUGGGCCUCCUGGGACGGGGAAAACGCUAAUGGCCCGCGCAUGUGCGGCCCAAACAAAUGCUACUUUUCUGAAGCUAGCAGGUCCACAACUUGUACAGAUGUUCAUUGGUGAUGGAGCAAAGCUUGUCCGGGACGCUUUUCAACUUGCCAAAGAAAAAUCUCCUUGCAUCAUUUUUAUUGAUGAAAUUGAUGCUAUUGGUACAAAGCGUUUUGAUAGUGAAGUUAGUGGGGAUCGAGAGGUGCAGAGGACUAUGUUAGAACUACUUAAUCAACUUGAUGGUUUUAGCAGUGAUGAACGAAUUAAGGUUAUAGCAGCCACAAACCGAGCUGAUAUCUUAGACCCUGCCUUAAUGCGUUCUGGUCGUCUGGAUCGUAAAAUUGAGUUUCCCCAUCCUACUGAGGAGGCUAGGGCUCGAAUAUUGCAGAUCCACUCCAGAAAGAUGAAUGUUCAUCCAGAUGUCAACUUUGAGGAGCUCGCUCGCUCGACAGAUGACUUCAAUGGGGCACAGCUUAAAGCUGUUUGUGUGGAAGCAGGCAUGUUAGCUCUUCGUCGAGAUGCCACAGAGGUGAACCAUGAAGAUUUCAAUGAAGGCAUUAUACAAGUUCAAGCUAAGAAGAAAUCCAGCUUAAAUUACUAUGCAUAG